CUACUCCAUAGUACUGCUACACUUCAUCCUCCUGUGCUGCUGGAUCUCCGGGCUUGACCUUAGUGGGUUGAUGACGGCCGUCGAUCGAUCGUGUUUCCAGGCAGCAUUCCUUCACGGUAGCCUGCCGGCUACUUACCAGUAUCUAGUCGCCCGCAAUACUCCUACUUUUAUACCCCACCUUCUGUCUUUUUCUCUCUUCCCUUUAACCCUUGACAUUGAUGCAUACUCGAUCGUAGCGACAUGCCCAAUCUAGGUGACGCGGAAACGAUCCGCAUCCUCGUCUCAACCGACAAUCAUGUCGGAUACAAUGAACGGGACCCCAUCCGCGGGGACGACAGCUGGAAAAGCUUUCAUGAAGUGAUGUGCCUGGCUAAGGAACACGAUGUGGACAUGGUGCUUCUGGCAGGUGACCUGUUCCAUGAGAACAAACCGUCGCGGAAGUCCAUGUACCAAGUGAUGCGCUCCAUCCGCAUGAACUGUUUGGGCGAUAAGCCCUGCGAGCUGGAGAUGCUCAGCGAUGCUAGCGAAAACUUCCAGGGCGCAUUUAACCACGUCAAUUACGAGGACUUGGAUAUCAACGUGGCCAUCCCCAUCUUUUCGAUCCAUGGGAAUCACGAUGACCCGUCCGGGGAAGGGCAUCUGGCCGCGCUCGACCUUCUUCAGGUAUCAGGUUUGCUCAAUUACUACGGACGGACGCCUGAGUCGGAUAAUAUCCAGAUUAGGCCCGUCUUGCUUCAGAAAGGGCGCACCAAGCUUGCCCUCUAUGGCAUGAGCAACGUCCGUGAUGAGCGCUUAUUCCGCACCUUUCGAGACAACAAGGUCAAGUUCUACCAGCCCUCGAUCCAGAAAGAAGACUGGUUCAACUUGAUCUGUGUCCAUCAGAAUCACUACGCACACACCGAAACCGGUUAUCUGCCCGAGAAUUUCCUGCCCGAAUUUCUAGAUCUCGUCAUCUGGGGCCACGAACACGAAUGCCUAAUCAAUCCUCGAAUGAAUCCUGAGACCAAGUUUCAUGUCAUGCAGCCGGGUUCGUCAGUCGCGACCUCAUUGGUCCCCGGCGAAGCAGUGGCCAAACAUGUCGCAAUUCUCAGCGUCACAGGCCGGGAAUUCAAAUGUGAGCCCAUUCGACUAAAGUCCGUUCGUCCUUUUGCUAUGCGUGAAAUCGUUCUUUCCGAAGAGAAAGGUGCACAGAAGAUGGCCCGCAAGGAGAACAACCGCACGGAAGUCACUCGCUUCCUCAUGUCGAUCGUCGAGGAGCUCAUCGAAGAAGCAAAAGCGGAAUGGCUGGAAUCGCAGGAUGAGAAUGCCGAGAACGCCGAGAAUGAAGAGCUAGAAGUCCCGCUACCUCUGGUGCGACUGCGCGUCGAAACCUCCAUCCCGGAUGGAGGCACCUAUGACUGCGAAAACCCGCAGCGGUUCUCGAACCGUUUCGUAGGCAAGGUGGCUAACGUAAACGACGUUGUCCAAUUCUACCGCAAGAAGAAGACCGCCAGCACACGAAACAAGGAUGCGGACAAUGACCUUGACGAGACGGCUGUUUCCCAUCUCUCUGCUCUGGACACCGUCAAGGUCGAACAGUUGGUGCGCGAUUUCCUCUCCGCGCAGUCCCUGACUAUUCUCCCACAGAACUCGUUCGGCGACGCAGUAGCCCAGUUCAUCGACAAGGAUGACAAACACGCUCUGGAAAUGUUCGUCAACGAGUCACUCGAGAGCCAAAUCAAGCACUUGAUGGCUCUAGACCGCGACAACGACAUAGACGAAGAAGAAGCUGCUGAGAGCUCGUUACAAAAGGCCAUGGAUAAAUAUCGCUCCCAAAUGGAAGACAUGUUCUCUCGUGGCAUCAAGAAACGAACACGGGGCAAGAAGCGAUUCAAGCCGAAGCCCGAUGGCUGGGACACCGAGUUUGAUGGCGUCUGGGAGGACCAGCCGGGUGCCCUCAUUCACUCCGACAACGAGGACGGUGACCCCAACGAAGAAGUGGCUGGCGAGGAUGGUACUGAGCCCACCACUCGAACAACAUCCACGCGUGGUCGGGGCCGAGGCCGUGGUGGUAGAGCUACUACCACUGCCACCAGCACGCGUAAGACCGCCACCACGAAGGCAGCCUCCACUACCGCAAAGAAAGCCACACCGGUAAAGACCACCACCGCUAAAGGCCGCAAACGCCGCACCGUCUCGGAUGACGAAGAUGAAGAUGACGAUGUCAUCAUGGUAGACGAUGAUGAUGACGACGACGCCGCCGCCGCCGCCGCCCUCCCCAACAUAGACGAAGAGGAAGAAGACGACGAUGACGACGAUUCCCAAGCCCUCUUCGUCAAGCAACCCACCACCAGAUCCCGUAGAGCAGCAGCACCACCUUCAAAGGGAUCAAGCACCAUCAGCCAGCGCCGCAAGGCCCCAUCUCCUGCACCUUCAUCGAAUACCAUCGGACCCGCACCGGCUACGCGCCGAGCGAGGGGAAAGCAAACGCAAACACAAACGACACUGAAUUUCGUGGGCUCUCAGAGCAGCGUGCGAGGCACGGCGGGUACUAGAUCUACGCGUGCCACAAGAUAUAAUAGUGUCAUCAGUGAUAUCGACGAUGAUAGUGAUGGGUUUGAGCCUAUGGCGAGUAGCGCCAGACGCAGAUAGAAGUUGCGAGUCUAUUCAUUGCUACUAUGUCUACUUGGCAUAUCAUUAUGAGGAGUUUGUUGCAUUUCCAGGCGUUGACGGUACGGCAUCACGAGGCUACAUUGGAGUUAGGGGAUAUCAGAUAUUAUAUAGGUGCCG